AAACACUACCAUAUCAUAAGCCUCAAUUGCAAUCUACAAAAUUAAUAUUAUGGCUAGUGAUCUGCAAAAAUCUAUUCAUGAAGAUGAACGCGCAGGAGCAGAAAUUGCAUAUGGAGCCGAAGACUGCUACUCUCUUAUUGUAAAGGUCUCGCAAGACUCAGGAUUUCCUAAAGGAAUGCUACCACUUAAAUACCUUGAAGAAUUUGGUUAUGUUAGCAAGACUGGAUUCAUCUGGAUGAAACAAAAAGCCCCCUACCAACAUUAUUUUUCUUCAAUUAAAAUGCUCGUUAGCUACGCGAAGAUGAUCACUGCAUACGUCGAGAGAGGUAAGAUGAAAAAAAUAAGUGGUGUUAAGAGUAAACAACUACUUCUUUGGGUGCCUACAAUUGAGAUGAGCAUUAAUGAAGAUCAAAAGAAGAUUUAUUUUAAAACACUUAUGGGAAUUGGAAUGUCUUAUCCCAUUAUUGUUUUUAUGACUGAUGAGGAGAAGGAAGAAGCUAAGUGUAGUAGUGCAUAAGAUUUGGUUCCUCUCUAUUUUGUAUUUUGUAUUAUGUUCAUUUCCCUUUUUAAAAUUAAUGAAUAAAAUCUAGAUCCUAACUAUGAUUGAUUAGGUUAUUAAAUAUUUUAUAUAUUAUAUGGAAAUAUUAUAAUAAAGGACAAAUCUAAAGUGUUGUACAUUCAAUAGUUUAAAUUAAAAAUA